CUCGGCCGUCAUGGCUGACUCGGGGUCCGGCGUGCGGCUCUCCCUGCUGCAGCUGCAGGAGUCCUUGUCGGCCUCCGACCGCUGCAGCGCGGCGGUGGCCAGUUGUCAGUUGCUGCGUGGCCUGGGGCAGGAGUGCGUGCUGAGCUCCAGCCCGGCGCUGUUGGCAUUACAGACUUCCUUAGUUUUUUCCAAAGAUUUUGGUGUGCUUGUAUUUGUUCGGAAAUCACUUAGCAUUGAUGAAUUUCGUGAUUGUAGAGAAGAAGCCUUAAAGUUUUUAUAUAUUUUCUUAGAAAAAAUUGGCCAGAAGAUCACACCUUAUUCUCUCGAUAUUAAGAAUACUUGUAUCAGUGUUUACACAAAAGAUAAAGCCGCUAAAUGUAAGAUUCCAGCCCUAGAUCUUCUUAUUAAGUUACUUCAGACUUUGAGAAGCUCUAGACUCAUGGAUGAAUUUAAAGUUGGAGAAUUAUUUAGCAAAUUCUAUGGAGAACUUGCACUGAAAACAAAAAUAUCAGAUACAGUCUUAGAAAAAAUAUAUGAGCUCCUAGGAGUACUAGGUGAAGUUCAUCCUAGUGAAAUGAUAAAUAAUUCAGAUAAACUCUUCCGGGCUUUUCUGGGUGAACUUAAGACGCAGAUGACAUCGACAGUAAGGGAGCCCAAACUGCCUGUUGUGGCCGGGUGUCUGAAGGGACUGGCUUCGCUUCUGUGUAACUUCACCAAGUCCAUGGAAGAAGAUCCCCAGACUUCAAGGGAGAUUUUUGAUUUUGCAUUAAAGGCAAUCCGUCCUCAGAUUGAUCUGAAGAGAUAUGCGGUGCCUUUGGCUGGCCUGUGCUUAUUUACGCUGCAUGCCUCCCAGUUUAGCACUUGCCUUCUGGACAACUACAUUUCCUUAUUUGAAGUCCUGUCAAAAUGGUGUAGCCAUCCAAACACGGAAUUGAAAAAAGCUGCACAUUCAGCUCUGGAAUCUUUUCUGAAACAGGUUUCUCUGAUGGUGGCCGGCGAUGCUGAGAAGCACAGGAGCAAGCUGCAGUACUUCAUGGAGCAGUUCUACGGGAUCAUCAGAGACAGCGAUGCCAGCAGCAAGGAUUUGUCUGUCGCCAUUCGUGGAUAUGGACUGUUUGCAGGGCCUUGCAAGGCUGUAAAUGCCAAAGAUGUUGACUUCAUGUACGUGGAGCUCAUUCAGCGCUGCAAGCAGCUAUUCCUGGUGGAGACGGACACUGCUGAGGACCAUGCCUACCAGAUGCCCGCUUUCCUCCAGUCUCUGGCCAGCGUCCUGCUUUACCUGGAUACACUUCCUGAGGUCUAUACUCCGGUUCUGGAACAUCUUAUUGUCGCACAGAUAGACACUUUUCCACAAUACAGUCCAAAAAUGCAGUCCGUGUGUUGCAAAGCCAUAGUGAAAGUGUUCCUGGCCUUAGCGGAAAAAGGACCAGUUCUCUGGAAUUGCAUUGGUACUGUGGUGCAUCAGGGUUUAAUCAGAAUAUGCUCUAAACCAGUGAUUCUUCAAAAGGGUGCGGAGUCUGAAUCUGAGGAUGCCCAUGCAUCAGAGGAAGUUAGGACCAGAGGGUGGAAAGUGCCCACGUGCAGAGACUACUUGGAUCUUUUUAGAAAUCUCCUGAGCUGUGACCAGACAAUGGAUUCUCUUUUAGCAGAUGAAGCAUUUCUCUUUGUGAAUUCCUCCCCUCGAAAUCUGAGUCGUAUGCUGUACGAUGAAUUUGUAAAGUCAGUUUUGAAGAUUGUGGAGAAAUUGGAUCUUACACUAGAAAGGCAGAAUGUUGCAGAGAAAGAGGGUGAAAAUGAAGCUACUGGUGUUUGGGUGAUCCCAACUUCAGAUCCAGCCGCUAACUUACAUCCUGCUAAACCUAAAGAUUUUUCAGCUUUCAUCAACCUGGUGGAAUUUUGCAGAGACAUUCUUCCUGAGACACACAUAGAGUUUUUUGAGCCAUGGCUGCACCACUUUGCAUAUGAGAUAAUUCUGCAGUCUACACGGUCACCACUAAUUAGUGGUUUCUACAAAUUGCUUUCUGUUGCCGUGAGAAAUGCCAAGAAGAUAAAAUAUUUUGAGGGAGUUGGUCCACAGAGUCAGAAACAGUCUCCUGAGGACCCAGAAAAGUAUUCCUGCUUUGCUUUGUUUGCAAAAUUUGGUAAAGAGGUGUCGGUUAAAAUGAAGCAGUACAAGGAUGAACUCCUGGCCUCCUGUUUGACCUUUGUCCUGUCCCUGCCACAUGCCAUCAUUGAAGUUGAUGUCAGAGCCUACGUCCCAGCACUGCAGAUGGCGUUCAAGCUGGGCCUGAGCCACACCCCACUGGCAGAAGUAGGCCUGAGUGCCCUGGAGGAGUGGUCCGUUUGCAUCUGCAGACAGGUGAUGCAGCCCUAUUAUAAGGACAUUCUCCCCACCCUUGAUGGAUAUCUGAAAACUUCAGCCUUAUCAGAUGAGACCAGGAGUAACUGGGAAGUGUCGGCACUUUCUCGGGCUGCCCAGAAAGGAUUUAAUAGAGAUGUGUUAAAGCAUCUGAAGAGGACCAAGAACAUUUCAUCAUUAUCGGCACAUUCGCAAAGUGAAGCACUGUCCUUGGAAGAAGUACGGGUUCGAGUUGUGCACGUGCUUGGCCGUCUUGGAGGACAAGUCAACAAAAAUCUCCUAACAGGGGUGUCCUCGCGGGAUCGUCUGCGGAAAUGCGUGGCGUGGGACCCACAGCGGAGGCUCAGCUUCGCGGUGCCCUUUCCGGACAUGAAGCCUGUGGUCCAUCUGGACGAAUUCCUGCCUAGAGUCUCAGAGCUGGCGCUCUCGGCGGGCGACCGCCGCACCAAGGUUGCAGCCUGUGAACUUCUGCAUAGCAUGGUUGUGUUCAUGCUCGGAAAGGCCAACCAGAUGCCCGACGGGGGCCAGGGCCCGCCCCCGAUGUACCAGCUGUACAGGCGCACCCUUCCAGUGCUGCUGCGUUUGGCGUGUGAUGUAGAUCAGGUGACAAGGCAGCUCUUUGAGCCGCUAGUCAUGCAGCUGAUUCACUGGUUCACCAACAAUAAGAAGUUCGAGAGUCAGGACACUGUGGCGCUCCUGGAAACGAUACUGGAUGGAAUUGUGGACCCUGUUGACAGUACUUUAAGAGAUUUUUCUGGUCGAUGUAUUCAAGAAUUCCUCAAAUGGUCCAUUAAGCAGACAACACCGCAGCAGCAGGAAAACAGUCCAGUAAAUACCAAAUCGCUUUUCAAGAGACUGUACAGCUUUGCACUUCACCCCAAUGCUUUCAAGAGGCUGGGAGCUGCCCUUGCUUUUAAUAAUAUCUACAGAGAAUUCAGGGAGGAAGAGGCGCUCGUGGAACAGUUCGUGUUCGAAGCCCUGGUUACGUACGUGGAGAGUCUGGCCUUGGCCCACGCAGAUGACAGGUCCUUGGGUACGGCCCAGCAGUGCUGCGAUGCUGUUGACCACCUCGCGCGCAUCAUUGAGAAGAAGCACGUUUCUUUAAACAAAGCAAAAAACCGACGUCGGCCCCGAGGGUUUCCACCUGCGGCAUCCUUGUGCUUAUCGGAUGUGGUCCUGUGGCUGUUCGCCCAUUGCGGGAGACCCCAGACAGAAUGUCGACACAAAUCCAUAGAACUCUUUUAUAAAUUUGUUCCGUUAUUGCCAGGCAACAAAUCCCCUUCCUUGUGGCUGAGAGACGUUAUCCAGAAAGAAGAUAUUUCCUUUCUCAUAAACACAUUUGAAGGGGGAGGAGAGACUUGCGAUAGGCCGUCUGGCAUCCUCGCUCAGCCCACCCUCUCCCACCUGCGAGGGCCGUUCAGCCUGCGUGCGGUGCUGCAGUGGAUGGACAUGCUGCUGGCGGCGCUGGAGUGCUACAACACCUUCCUGGGCGCGAGGACCCUCGAGGCGGCCCAGAUCCUAGGUGCUGACACACAGUCUUCCCUCUGGAAAGCGGUGGCUUUCUUUUUAGAAAGCAUUGCUCUGCAAGAUAUUUCAGCCGCAGAGAAGUGCUUUGGAGCCAGGGCAGCAGGUGAGAGACCCAGCCCGCAGGAGGGAGAAAGAUACAACUAUAGCAAGUGCACAGCCGUGGUCCGUGUCCUGGAGUUCUGUACCACGCUGCUUGGCAUCUCUACGGACGCCGCCUGGAAGCUCCUUGGGACCGGUUCAUGCAGCACAAACCUCAUGAGGCUCCUGGUGACCACACUGUGUGCGCCCUCGAGCGUGGGCUUCAAUGUCGGAGACGUCCGGGUGAUGGACCACCUCCCCGACGUGUGCGUGGGCCUGCUGAAGGCCCUGAAGCCAUCCCCGUACUGCGACGCGCUGGAGACGCUCCUCAGGGCGGAAGUCCCAGCCCGGAGCAUUGAGGAGCUCUGUUCCGUUGACCUGUACUGCCCUGAUGCCCAUGUGAGCAGGGCCAGGCUGGCUUCUGUCGUGUCCGCUUGUAAGCAGCUGCACAGAGCUGGCUUCCUGCACGUGACAGCGCCAUCACAGUCUACAGAGCAGCAGCACUCUCCUGGUAUAGAGCUGCUUUCCCUGGUUUAUAAAAGCAUCGCACCUGGAGUUGAAGGGCAGUGCCUGCCUUCCCUGGACCCCAGCUGCAGGCGACUGGCCAGUGGGCUUCUGGAGUUGGCCUUCGCGUAUGGAGGACUGUGUGAGCAUCUCGUGGGUCUCCUCCUGGACACGGCGGCGGUGGUGUCCAUGCCGGCUUCAGGGGCCUCCCAGAGGGGCAUCGUCACCUUCUCCCACGGACAGUAUUUUUACAGCUUGUUCUCAGAAACAAUCAACACCGAAUUGUUGAAGAACGUAGAUCUUGCUGUUUUGGAGCUCUUGAAAUCAUCUGUGGAUAAUCCCAAAAUGGUGAGUGCCGUUUUGAAUGGUCUGCUCGAUCAGAGCUUCAGGGACCGAGGCAGUCAGAAGCAGCAGGGGCUGAAACUGGCCAGUACCAUCCUGCAGCACUGGCGGAGGUGUGACGCGUGGUGGGCCGAGGGCUCUGCUCCCGACGGUAAAAUGGCAGUGCUGACCUUACUGGCAAAAAUUUUGCAGAUUGAUUCCUCUGUAACUUUUAAUGCAAAUCACAGCUCAUUCCCGGAAGUUUUUACAACAUACCUUAGCCUCCUUGCUGAUUCGGAUUUGGGUCUACAUUUAAAGGGCCAGGCCGUGGUCCUCCUCCCCUUCUUCACCGGCGUCCCGUGCGGCCGUCUCGAGGAGCUAAGGUGCGUUCUUGAGAAGCUCAUCGUCUCCAGUUUCCCUAUGAAGUCUGAAGAAUUUCCCCCGGGGACUCUGCGGUACAAUAACUAUGUGGACUGUAUGAAAAAGUUUCUGGAUGCAUUGGAAUUAUCUCAAAGUCCCAUGUUGUUGCAGUUGAUGACAGAGAUUCUUUGUCGGGAGCAGCAGCAUGUUAUGGAAGAAUUAUUUCAAUCCACUUUCAGAAAGAUCGCCAAAAAGAGUUCAUGUGCCACACAGCUAGGCCUUCUGGAAAGUGUCUACAGAAUGUUCCGGAGGGACGACCUACUUUCCAGCGUUACUCGCCAAGCAAUUAUGGACCGAGCGCUUCUCACUCUGUUGAGGCACUGUGGCCUGAGGGCUUUGAGAGACUUUUUUAGCAAAAUCGUGGUGGAUGCCAUUGAUGUGUUGAACUCCAGAUUCAUGAAGCUGAAUGAGUCUGCCUUUGACACUCAGAUCACCAAGAAGAUGGGCUAUUAUAAGAUGAUCGACGUCAUGUACUCUCGUCUCCCGAAAGAUGAUGUUCACUCUAAGAAAUCUGAGAUCAAUCAAGUGUUUCACGGCUCGAGUAUUACAGAAGGAAAUGAACUGACAAAGGCACUUAUUAAGCUGUGCCAUGACGCCUUCUCGGAGAACAUGGCAGGGGAGACACGACUGCUGGAGAGGAGGCGGCUGUACCACUGCGCUGCCUACAACUGCGCCAUCUCGGUGGUCUGCUGCGUCUUCACCGACCUCAGGUUUUACCAGGGCUUCCUGCUCAGCGAGAAGCCAGAGAAGAACUUGCUCAUUUUUGAAAACCUGAUAGACCUGAAGCGCUGCUAUACAUUUCCUGUAGAAGUGGAGGUUCCCAUGGAAAGAAAGAAGAAGUACAUCGAAAUUCGGAGAGAAGCCAGGGAAGCGGCAAGUGGGGAUUCAGGCGACCCCCAGUAUAUGUCAUCCUUGUCACAUCUGGCAGACAGUAGCCUGAGUGAGGAAAUGAGUCAGUUUGAUUUUUCAACGGGAGUUCAGAGCUACUCAUACGGGUCCCAGGACCCUAAAUCCACUGCUGGUCGUCUCCAGAAACAGGAACGCAGAGACGCCGCCGUCCCUGGCGAUGUGCUGGAGAUGGAGAUGGACGAGCUCAACCAGCACGAGUGCAUGGCCCGGAUGGUGGCCCUGCUCAGGCACAUGCAGACGGUCCAGGCCGAGCAGACAGAAGAGGGUUCAGUGCCGAGCGAUCUUCCUCCUUGGAUGAAAUUUCUUCGUGACAAACUAGGAAAUCCAUCGGUAUCAUUAAAUAUCCGUCUCUUCUUAGCCAAGCUUGUUAUUAAUGCAGAAGAAGUCUUCCGGCCUCAUGCCAAGCACUGGCUCGGCCCCCUGCUGCAGCUGGUAGUCUCUGAAAACAACGGCGGGGACGGGAUACACUACAUGGUGGUUGAGAUUGUGGCAACGGUCCUUUCAUGGACAGGAAUAGCUACUCCUGCGGGGGUCCCUAAAGAUGAAGUGUUAGCAAAUCGAUUGCUCCAUUUCCUAAUGAAACAUGUUUUUCAUCCAAAAAGAGCCGUGUUUAGACAUAACCUCGAAAUUAUAAAAACCCUCGUUGAGUGCUGGAAGGAUUGUUUAUCCAUCCCUUACAGGUUAAUAUUUGAAAAGUUUUCCAGUGAAGAUUCUAAUUCUAAAGACAACUCAAUCGGAAUUCAAUUACUAGGCAUUGUAAUGGCCAAUAACUUGCCCCCCUAUGACCCAAAAUGUGGCAUAGAAAGUAUGAAAUACUUCAAAGCUUUGGCCAGUAACAUGUCCUUUGUGAGGCAUAAGGAGGUGUAUGCGGCAGCAGCCGAAGCGCUGGGCCUCGUGCUUCGCCGUCUGGCUGAGGGAGAAAGCAUGCUGGAGGAGUCUGUAUGUGAACUGGUGGUGACAUGGCUGAAGCAACUUCAGAACAGGAUGGAGGACAAAUUUAUUGUGUGCUUGAACAGAGUCACGAAGAACUUCCCUUCCCUGGCCGACAGGUUCAUGAACACCGUCCUCUUCCUGCUGCCGAGGUUCCACGGGGUGAUGAAGACGCUCUGUCUGGAGGUGGUGCUGUGUCGUGCGGAGCAGAUCACUGACCUGUACUUGCACUUGAAGAGCAAGGAUUUUGUUCAGAUUAUGAGACACAGAGAUGACGAGAGACAGAAAGUGUGUUUGGACAUAAUUUACAAGGUGAUGGCGAAGUUAAAGCCAGUGGAGCUCCGUGAACUCCUGAGCCCCGUGGUGGAGUUCCUCUCCCACCCGUCUACCCGGUGCCGCGGGCAGAUGUAUGACAUCCUAAUGUGGGUCCACGACAAUUACCGAGACCCAGAGAGUCAAGCAGAUGGUGAUUCCCAGGAAGUGUUCAAGUUGGCGAAAGACGUGUUGAUUCAGGGAUUGACUGAUGAGAACCCCGGGCUCCAGUUAAUUAUUCGGAACUUCUGGAGCCAUGAAACUAGGUUGCCUUCAAGGACCUUGGACCGCUUGCUGGCACUAAAUUCCUUAUAUUCUCCCAAGAUAGAAAUGCACUUCUUAAGCUUAGCAACAGAUUUUCUGCUCGAAAUGACCAGCAUGAGCCCUGAUUUCCGGAACCCCAUGUUUGAGCACCCUCUGUCAGAGUGUGAGUUCCAGGAGUGUGCCAUCCGCCCUGACUGGCGUUGCCGCAGCACCGUCCUCACGCCACUGUUCGUGCAUACGCAGGCCUCCCAGAGUGCAGUGCAGACCCGGACCCAGGCCGGGCCCCCCUCGGCUUGGGGGGUGAUGGCCGGGCAGGUCCGGGCCACCCAGCAGCAGCAUGACUUCACCCCUACGCAGAGCACAGGGGGAAGAGGCUCCUACCACUGGCUGACUGGGGGCAGCAUUGAUCUGCUGGGGGAUGACAUGGCCUCUGCCGAAGAUUCCUCGUCCUCGUCCUUGCUCUUUGCCCACAGGAGGCCUGAGAGGUCUCAGAGAGCCACCCUGAUGUCGGUGGGACCUGACUUUGGGAAGAAGAGGCUGGGUCUUCCGGGGGAUGAGGUGGACAGUGGCACGAAAGGUUCAGAUAAUCGGGCAGAAAUACUGAGGUUACGCAGACGAUUUCUAAAGGACCGAGAAAAGCUGAGUUUGAUUUAUGCCAGGAAAGGUGUUAAUGAGCAAAAAAGAGAGAAGGAGAUCCAGAGUGAGCUGAGGCUGAAGCAUGAGGCCCAAGUGGUCCUGUACAGGAGUUACCGCCACGGAGAUCUUCCCGACGUCCAGAUUCCCCACAGCAGCCUGAUCGUCCCCUUGCAGGCUGUGGCCCAGAGAGACCCGAUAGUCGCCAAGCAGCUCUUUGUCAGCCUGUUUUCCGGGAUCCUGAAGGAGACGGACAAGUCCAAGGCCGCAGCUGAGAGACUCAGCAUCGCUCAGCAGCUGCUCCAGGACCUCACACGCUUCCUCGGCACCACCUUCUCCUUCUUUCCACCCUUUGUCUCCUGCAUCCAGGAGGUCAGCUGCCGACACACCGACCUGCUGAGCCUUGACCCGGCCUGCGUCAGUGUGGGUGGCUUGGCCAGCCUGCAGCAGCCCGGGGCCAUCCGCCUCCUAGAGGAGGCCCUGCUGCACCUGGCGCCCCAGGAGCCUCCUGCCAAGAGGGCUCGGAGGAGACCCAGCCUCCCUCCAGAUACUGUCCGAUGGAUGGAACUCGCCAAACUGUAUAGGUCGAUUGGAGAAUAUGACAUCCUCCGAGGUAUUUUUAGCAGCGAGAUAGGAACAAAGAAGAUCACUCAGGACGCAUUAUUAGCAGAAGCAAGAAGUGAUUAUUCUGAGGCUGCGAGGCUGUAUAAUGAGGCUCUCAAUAAACAAGAAUGGGCAGACGGGGAGCCUUCAGAAGCCGAGAAGGACUUUUGGGAGCUGGCGUCCUUGGACUGUUACAACCAGCUUGCCGAGUGGGGCUCGCUGGCCUACUGUUCCACGGCCACGGUGGACGGCGCCAGCCCCCCAGACCUGACCAAGGUGUGGAGCGACCCUUUCUAUCAGGAGGCAUGCCUGCCUUCCAUCAUGCGCAGCAAGCUGAAGCUGCUGCUCCAGGGUGCGGGCGACCAGACCCUGCUGAGCUUCGUGGACCAGGCCGUGACCUCAGAGCUGCACAAGGCCCUGCUGGAGCUGCACUAUAGCCAGGAGCUGAGCCUGCUGUACCUCCUGCAGGAUGAUGUCGACAGGGCCCAGUACUACACUGAGAAUUGCAUUCAGGCGUUUAUGCAGAAUUAUUCCAGCAUUGAUGCCCUCUUGCACAGAAGUAGACUCACCAAAUUGCAGUCUGUACAGACUUUCAUAGAACUUCAGGAGUUUAUCAACUUUAUUAGCAAACAAGGUAAUUUAUCAUCCCAAGUUCCCCUUAAGAGACUCCUAAAAACCUGGACAAAUAGAUACCCAGAUGCAAAAACAGACCCGAUGACCAUCUGGGAUGACGUCAUCACGAACCGUUGUUUCUUCCUCAGCAAGAUAGAGGAGAAGCUUGCUCUGCUUCCAGAUGAUGCAGAUGUGGGUGUGGACGGAGGUGGGGGCCCUGGGCACCAGGUGGAGAAGGAGGCUCAGUCUCUGAUCUCAAGCUGCAAGUUCUCCAUGAAGUUGGAAAUGAUAGCAGGUGCGAGAAAGCAGAGCAACUUCUCACUCGCCAUGAAACUGCUGAAGGAGCUGCACAGAGAGGCCAGGACGAGGGACGACUGGCUGGCGCAGUGGGUGCAGAGCUACUGCCAGCUCAGCCACAGCCGCGCCCGGGCCCAGCGCCCAUCCGAGCAGCUCUGCACGGUGUUGAGGACCGUCUCCCUGCUGGCAGGUGAGAGCACUCUGAGUGACUCGAGUGGGAACCUUCCGUCCUCCUGGGACCAGAACGUUCUCCUGGGCACAACGUACCGGAUCAUGGCUGACGCGCUCAGCAGCGAGCCCGCCUGCCUUGCAGAAAUCGAGGCGAGCAAGGCCAGAAGGGUCGUGGAGCUUUCUGGAUCCAGCUCGGAGGGCGCAGAGGAGGUGGCUGCAGGUCUGUACCAGAGAGCCUUCCACCACCUCUCGGAGGCCGUGCGGACAGUGGAGGAGGAGGCCGGGCCUUCCACGCAGGGCUGGGGGCCCGUGGCAGCGAUGAUAGACGCCUACCUGACGCUGGCCGAGUUCUGUGACCAGCAGCUCCGCACGCAGGAGGAGGGCCCGGCCGUCUUCCGGUCUGCAGACGUGCAGGCAUAUCCAGCCCGCGUGGUGGACAGUACGCUGAAAGCUCUGAAGUUAGACUCCAGCGAAGCCCGGCUGAAGUUCCCCAGGCUCCUGCAGAUAGUGGAGCAGCAUCCGGAGGAGACCCUGAGCCUGAUGACAAGAGAGAUUUCGUCCAUUCCUUGCUGGCAGUUCAUCGGCUGGAUCAGCCAUAUGGUGGCCUUGCUGGACAAGGACGAAGCCAUCGCUGUCCAGCGCACUGUGGAGGACAUUGCUGACCACUACCCACAGGCCAUCAUCUACCCAUUCAUAAUAAGCAGCGAAAGCUAUUCCUUCAAAGGCACUUCCGCUGGUCAUAAGAACAAGGAAUUUGUGGCAAGGAUUAAGGCUAAGUUGGACCGAGGAGGAGUGGUUCAGGACUUCAUUAACGCCCUGGAGCAGCUGUCCAACCCCGAGACGCUCUUUCAGGACUGGAUGGAGGACAUGAAGGUUGAACUGGAGAAAACCCCUGUCAAUAAAAAGAAGAUUGAGAAGAUGUAUGAAAGAAUGUACGCAGCCUUGGGAGACCCACAGGUCCCAGGCCUGGGGAGCUUUCGAAGGCGGUUUAUUCAGGCUUUUGGAAAAGAAUUUGAUAAGCACUUUGGACGAGGAGGUAACAAGCUGCACGGCAUGAGGCUCCAAGACUUCAGUGUCAUCACCAGCUCACUGCUUGAGAGGAUGGGCAGGGCCUCAAAGGCGCCGGGGAACCUGAAGGAGUUCUCGCCCUGGCUGAGUGACUUCCGGGCAGAGGCCCUGCGGGACGAGCUGGAGGUUCCUGGUCAGUACGAUGGCGGAGGGAAGCCGCUGCCCGAGUACCACGCGCGCAUCGCCGGGUUUGACGAGCGGGUGAAAGUAAUGGCUUCUCUCCGGAAACCGAAGCGCAUCGUGGUCCAUGGUCACGAUGAGCGGGACUACCCCUUCCUGGUGAAGGGCGGUGAGGACCUGCGGCAGGACCAGCGCGUUCAGCAGCUGCUCCAGGUCAUGAACUGCGUGCUGGCCCGCGACGCCGCCUGCAGCCAGAGGGGCCUGCAGCUGGAGACAUACCGUGUGGUGCCCAUGACCUCCAGACUGGGGCUGAUCGAGUGGAUUGAAAAUACUUGCACCUUGAAGGAGUUUCUUAUGAGCAACAUGUCCCAGGAGGAGAAGGCGGCUUACACCAGUGGCCCCGCAGCACCAGCCCAUGAUUAUAGAAACUGGCUGAUGAGGAUGUCUGGGCGGCGGGACCCUGGUGCCUACAUGCUCAUGUUUAAGGGAGCAAGUCGCACUGAGACAGUCACAUCUUUUAGAAAAAGAGAGAGUCAGGUGCCAGCCGACCUCUUAAAGCGGGCCUUCCUGAGGAUGAGUACCGGCCCCGAGGCCUUCCUGGCUCUCCGCUCUCACUUCGCCAGCUCCCACGCGCUCCUGUGCGUUGGCCACUGGAUUCUGGGCAUCGGAGACAGGCAUCUGAACAACUUCAUGGUGAGCUUGGAGACGGGCGGUGUGAUUGGAAUUGACUUUGGACACGCAUUUGGAUCAGCCACCCAGUUUCUGCCGGUGCCCGAGUUGAUGCCUUUUCGCCUGACUCGCCAGUUCAUCAACCUCAUGUUACCACUAAAAGAAACGGGGCUCGUGUGCAGUGUCAUGGUGUGUGCGCUGAGGGCCCUGCGCGCACGCCCAGACCUGCUCAUCACCACCAUGGACGUGUUUGUGAAGGAGCCGUCCUUCGACUGGAGGAAUUUUGAACAGAAAAUGCUGAAAAAAGGAGGCUCGUGGCUUCAAAAAGUAAAUGUGACUGAAAAAAACUGGUACCCCCGGCAGAAGGUACAUUACGCGAAGAGAAAGUUAGCAGGUGCCAAUCCAGCUGUUAUUACUUGUGAUGAGUUAUUUCUGGGCCAUGAGAAGGCGCCUGCUUUCAGAGAUUAUGUCGCCGUAGCUCGAGGAAGCAGUGAUCACAACGUUCGGGCCCAGGAGCCAGAGAGUGGACUUUCAGAAGAGGUGCAGGUCAAGUGCCUCAUUGACCAGGCAACAGACCCCAACAUCCUUGGCAGAACUUGGGAAGGGUGGGAACCCUGGAUGUGAGGUCCAGAUGAGUCAGCAGAUCGGGCACAGCGAGUAUUUGAAGUGUGCCCUGAACUUUGAUCUGAGCGAUCCAUGAGCUGCACUUCCUGAAGAGGAGUCUGUUUAGUGACACACUCCUGUAUGACAAGUUUAAUCAAGGUCAUGACAGAGAA